AUUUCAGAAGAAUGAUAAGUGUUGGAUAUGACUAGAAGCAAAACGUAGGAGCAGCAGAGUAUAAUUUAGUAGUAUACUGUAUUACUGUGUCUAAACACGUGUCUCAACACGUGUCUCAACUGUGUCUUAACAUGUGGCUCAACACGUGUCUCAACUGUGUCUUAACAUGUGGCUCAACUGUGUUUCAGUUAAUGAAACCAUGGCUCUCUAUCUCUCAUUUCGCGAAAGAAUGUCCAACGAAAUAUUUGUCAACAAAUCCUCCUGAGAAAGAAUAAAGUGAUGCAUUUCAUUUCAUUUCAUUUCAUUUCAUGUAAAAGAGCACCAUGGCAUCUGUGAACUGUGCUCUGAGAUUUGUUACAGAACAAAUAAAACUGGGAAAGAAUAAAUUUGCCUACUUUGUUGCAUUGAAAGAUAAGAGAAUAAUAUGUUAGAACCUGGUAAAUGUGGGGUAUCUCUCUAUCUCUAUCUCUAGCGUUGUCAAAGACUGUACAGCGAAAUAUUCGUGAGCAUAUCCUCCUGAGAAAGAAUAAAGUGAUGCUUUGAAAAUCAUGUAACCGAAGAUCAUUUAGAUCUUUGAACAUGGCCGGAUUUAUUGCUCAACAGAUAUACAUGAGAAAGAAUAAAUCAUUAAUAUGUAUAAUGGCAAAAUUCUUUGUGUGCAUGAAGUUACACAAAUAUUGCUUGGAAAGAAUAAAAAGUGGGGGAUGAUAACAACAUGUGAACAUUGACAGUGUGACGUGUCCUCCAGGUAUUUUCUGGGAGGGAAUAAGUGAGGUUCCGCACUAGCAGAAAAAUUAAUGUUUUCAAUGAUUGUUAACUGAAAUCAUUGUCGACAAAUCUACCUGAGAAAGAAUAAAAUCACUUCAACGUGCCGGGACUUGCCUGUCAGCUCUGUAACGUUUGUGUCGAUGAAUUUGGAACAUGUCAAAGAGCAUCAUGUAUGUCAUGUGAAACAUGGCGUGUUUAUUGCAAGACAAAUAAAACUGGGAAAGAAUAAAUUAUCAAUGAUACCUAUUAUUGAUAUUUUCCUUACUGUUACAACAUAAGAACAGGAGGUACUUUUGACACGAUCCUCUUAUUUCCCCUUUUUUAUGGCGCAUGGUAAAAUUCCAUUGAACAUAUCAGAGAACAUCAUAUAGAUGCUAAACGUUGGAGGGAAUGAAUGUCGGAUACAUACUACCGGGAAAGAGAACAUCAUAUAGAUGCUAAACGUUGGAGGGAAUGAAUGUCGGAUACAUACUACCGGGAAAGAGAACAUCAUAUAGAUGCUAAACGUUGGAGGGAAUGAAUGUCGGAUACAUACUACCGGGAAAGAGAACAUCAUAUAGAUGCUAAACGUUGGAGGGAAUGAAUGUCGGAUACAUACUACCGGGAAAGAGAACAUCAUAUAGAUGCUAAACGUUGGAGGGAAUGAAUGUCGGAUACAUACUACCGGGAAAGAAUAAAUACUGUGCACUAAAUGUUGUUCCAAUUUGGUACUUGUAUUGCGGGAUUAUACCUCAUUAGUUUGGUAGUUUUGUUUAAUGAUAAGGACAGGAAAGGUGAAAUGUUUAUCAAUAGAUAUAAGUUUUUGCAAGUUUUACAUAUCAUUGUCACAAUUUUAAGUUAUUUCAAUGAUUCCAGUAUUUUCAUCGUCUCUCUCAUAUAUUAAAAAUGACUUUUAAAUGGUUCAAAUCAAAGUUCUCAUAUUAAAAAUGACUUUUAAAUGGUGAAAAUCAAAGUUGUGCAAAUUAAAAUAAACAAUGAAAUUACUUGACGAAACAUUACUUUAUGUUUUACAGCCAAAAUAAAAUAGGAAACUAAUCCAGUGAAAAUGUAGACGGUACUAAGACUCGCUGAUAUCCAGUGCUCCAAUUUGAAAUGUGACAGUGAGUGUUUGAAGUUCCGUCUAUUAUAUGGAGGAGGGACAGAAUGUAGUGCCCCUUACUCUACUAAUCGACUACCUCGUCCAGAAAACUUAUCAUGACCUCAUCGUCCUGUCUGAGUUGUUGCCCAGAAAGAGCGACACAGAACGUAAAACCUCAAUCUACCAGUUCUCAAACCGUACCCAGCUUCAGUUCAUCAGACUGCUAGCACUAGUGAAAUGGGCGUGCAAAGCGUCCCGUGUAGACAAAUGUACAGAGAUUAUCAUGUUUCUUGAUAAGCAGGCUGCUCUUUUUGUUGAAACUGCUGACAGUUUGUUUACCAUAUCAAAGGAACGGUUGAUGGGAGCAAGUUUCCCCGUAUUUGGACUACAAUCAGCAGUGGACGUCCUGGUAACUGGUACAUACUCACGACUACCGCUCUGUAUAAAAGACAAGAUCAUACCUUCUCUAACCCUGUCUGACAAGGAGAAAACUGAAACUUUGAACAAGCUGACCAGUUUGAUAGAACAGCGGCUGGUUUUGUCUAAGAUACCAAUAAAGUACAAGAAUAUUGAGAUAGAGCAAGGUUACGUUAAGCUGACAGUACCUCACGAGUUUACAGUCCGACUUACAGUCCCAAAUGAUGACUUUAAGAAUCCCUGGAGAUUACUCUCGUUUGAUGUGCUGGUACAGAACCCUAAAGAUGAUGAUCCUCGACCUGUAGUGCACUUACAACAGAAAGAAUACUUGACGGAGUUGCUGCAGUCAAGACUAUUUGACCCAGACCAGGAACCCCUUGAGAAUCUGUGUGUUGUUGCCCAUCAGUUCUGCUUAUCUUUACAGUUGGAAAUACUCUAUCAACAAGCAAUGAAGAUGAAGAAUGUGUCGUGGAAUACGAGCCGCAUAAAGAUGCUGCAAGUUGUGGACUACAUUGAGGGUGAUCGAUUAACAGUUCGUUAUUGGAGUGGAGUGAUGGCAGUUGGAGCUGCUCAACCAGGGAUAAUGUCUUACGCAAUCCUUGUGAUAUACCUACCAGGGGGUGAUCCUCUGGACUCCUUCAAGAUAGACCACCGGCCUGAUAUUAGCAAGAUUCCAGACAGAGACACUGUUAAACUAGAUAUUUCAAAUCUAUCUUUGGAACGGCUGCUGGAGGAAACAAUCGAGCAUAGGACAUACGAGUUUCUAUCUAAACUAAAGGACAGACUCUCACUGGUGCCUGAUAUCGAGAUUGUUUCCCUGAACUGUGAAGAGCUGGUCACGAGAUAUCACAAGAAGAUCGAGCUGAAGUUCCUUUUGGUUCACUAUACUGGCUACGCGAUAACUUUCUGUAACUACAACGUCUUGGUAUCCGAGCUAACUAAGGCUAUCAACGAUACCAUGCUCUCCAUAUCUGAUGCUCUUAACAAAAUCAGGAUGAGGGUAGACCUGCUUCUGAUAAAGAAUUCCCUACAAAUCCACCAGAUUAGGCACCAGCUAGUACCCUUCACUUCUCCGAAGCAAGUGGAGACAGUCCCCCUACUGAACAGUGUUACUGCCGCUCUUUACAUUAGAUUCAAGUCUAACAUCGAAUAUUGCUUGGCGAUUGAUCUACAACACAGUAAACUGAGAUAUCUGCUCUUAAAAUUGGAACCUCAAGUCAACACCCCAGAUCUCAAACACUGUGUUCUUAACAGGGUGAUAGCAUGUACGGAGGUAAAAGAUAUCUCAGUGUUUUCUAUAAUCGAUCUAGAUUCUAUGUCACCUCUUGAUGUUAUUUUAAAGAUGGAACGAGCGAUCCUGUACAUAAACCUAAAGAAAGAGUGGAAGAAGAAAGGACAAAAGUGUUUGGGAAUUGUUCCGCAGGGUGGAAAUUGGUGUUUGAAGUUGUUAACUCUUCCAACCAACCACCCCGUGUUGAAACAACUUCUUAGGGACUUGACAGUAUACGUCCAUUGUGUGAGCCCGGCUGUUAUAAAAUAUUCCCUUGUGUUCGACACGAAACACAAGAUUCUCCCCCCUAACACAUGUGGCGUGGUUCAGACCUUCUACUCUAACAGCUUGAAACUAGUAGUGGAGAACUUCUCCUUAAAAUGGAAGGAAAUCCACUUCCUGUUUACCCUGCUGUACAACUUCCAAUGCCUGAACAACACCUCUCUCGGCUACAUUAAACAGUACAACUUCCACUAUAUGAUCCUGGGCUACUCAGUGGAGGGGGUAGAGUAUGAGUGUUACAUUAACCUCAGACAAACCAAGUACCGACUCGUGUUCUAUCAGUCCAGAUCAGGCAGGCCUAAUCCCCACGCGCUCAUAAAGGAGCACCUUGAACACGAACUAGGAACACAUCAGAGUAUCUUCAAGCUACUUCACACCUUACAACGCACUGCGCACCUCUGCUCUGUUGUGUACAGCCUCCCCAAGCUCAAGGUUUCCUACUGGGGCCUGGACAAGGCGAGCAGCAACUGCAGGAGUCCCUGGUCCUACUUCACACACUCCGCUAAUACUUUUAGGAUCCAGUACAGAAACAGUCCGAACAGCAUGGCAGUAGACAUCACAUGUUACACAGCUGACUCAUAUUGCAUCAGAGACGCCGCUGCAGCUGGGGCAACCAGGGUCGCUAAAUAUAGCCCCAUACAUCUGCUGGGGAAAAUACUGGAAUUAAUCGCUAAACGGAUUGAUGGAGCUACAGUUGAAGUGCUGGCAGUGCCAGCUUACUCUACCGAUACUAAUUCGAGAUACGUUGCUGCCUCCCCCCAGCCAGCAACACCUGGCUACAAUAGUGGUAGUACUCAGCCGACCACCCCCGGUUUUCCCGGUACUCCAGGUUACAGCCAGCAACCUAACACACCCAGCUACCACAACCCUUCCCCCGCUAACAAACCACAACCUUCACCUCAGAACCCCUUCGUCCAACCUCAGCCUUCACCUAUGGGUGCACCCUCUCCCGCUAUAAUGUCACUGAUGUCGCCCCAGACUCCACAAUACAUGCCACCCUCUCCAGCAGCAGUGCCCAGUCCCUCCAUGCAGCCCUCACCAGGCUCCGCCCAGCACCUUCUGGGCAGUCCAAACUACCGUGCUGCCAAUACUAGCCAGCCAGCCGGACAGUUCUCCCAGAGUCCAAACAACUCCAACAAGUCCAGAACACCUCGCCACUCCACUACCCUCUUUAUCAACAAGCCUAUGUUGAACACCCUACUUAACAACUAUAACAACCCCUUUACCUGCGAUAACAUCAACACAACCGCAGACAAAAGAAGGUGCUGCGUUCUAGAGAAUCUGAUAUCAGCAUGCCUUCUGAAACGACACAUCGCCAGUGCUAUCCCUGAUAAGAUACGAAAUUUAUUAUCAAUACGCAGUAACGAGCUAAUGUCAACAUCUCUUCUUCAUUCCGACCUUUGCUUCUACAGGUUCAGUAUCGAGCCCAAUAAUUUCCAGUCCUUACAACUUAGCGUUACUCCAACUAAAGAUGGAUUCUGGAACAAAAAAAUGAUCGAUACGCUCGUCGCUUACUUCGCCGAAAAGAUCGCCGUUAAUCCUUUCAAGUACAAUGCCCUGAUUAGUUUUCUGCGUAUUUUGGGCGCACCUAAAGACAUCUUACAGCAAUUCAUCAACAUCAUGACACUUGAACUGGAGCCCAACCCACGCUUCCAAUGGAACUUGAAGUGGUUCCCACUCGUUCCUCCAGUUGUCCAGUCUACCAACAAUGUUUUACAGCCCGGCAUGUGCGGUGCUCUCUUCUCCAAUCACAAGAUACUAUUUUUUAUACAACUAGAACACCCUCAACGACCCAAUAAUCCGGUAACAAUUCCCAUGGUAUUUGAGUCCCAGACCGGCACAACGAAGAGGGCCGGAGCAGAGCUAAUGCCAAACGAUUACAUGGCCCAGAGAUUCAGAAUCACUUCAGACAUGUUACUGCUCAGAUAUCUGAACAAGGAGGACAGCCUGGUCCGGGUUCUAUCUGUAACUACAUCGUGGAACUGCUCCAGCAGUUAGACCCUACCACCCCUGUCGGCGCUUAACCCGGAGAAUAACUAUUUAUUAACAUCAUGCUUAGACUGGAGAGUAUUUUGACAAUCUAACAUCACUCAUUGGUUCACGGUCACUUGGGUGCAUUCGGGGUGUUACAGAACGAACACAUAUGACGAAUUUAAUGGCUCUCUGAAAGUGGAAGUACAACUUUUCCCUUUCUACCCAGAGACUUCAAGUUACGGCUGAGAAUUGAGAUAUUGCGUUCGUCCUAAUAAUUUUAAUUGCCGCUGACAGCUUGUUGUUCUUGAAAUUCGAAUAUUUGUAUUUCAAAUGUUUCCCAAAUCUGAUAUUAUUGAUGAAAUGCUGAUAAAGGGACAAUAUUGGCGAAUGAUAUUAUACUUGGAUGAUAUAUUUGGGGAUGAAAACCCAUGACAAUGCAAACUGAUCAGCCUUGGGUGAAUCACGAGGCAAAUUCAUUUAUUUUGGUAUAUAUACGUCGACAUUUCCGUUGUGCGUGGUUACUAAAAUAUCUCAAAUCGUAUUACUAUUUAUGUUUUGCCUUUAAUUUUAUUCAGUUUAAUCCAUUUUAUGAAAAACUUGUUUUGAUUAUUUUUCUCCCCACUCCCGCCUCUGAUAAAUAGCGA